CCCACUUAGAAUCGUUUCAUCAGUAUCAACAACAACCUCAUUUAAGUCUUCUUUUUUGACCGCUAGAACCAACAAAUUGUUCAGCAAUGGCCACUGUUUCCUCAGCCUCUGCUGCUCUUAGAACCAUUUCUUCUUCCUCAUCCAAGCUAUCUUCUGCCUUCCAAACUAAAAAGAUCCAAUCUUUUAAACUACCUAACCCUCUCAUUUCUCAGAAUCAUAAACUUACUACCACCUCUACUACUGCUUCCAGAUCAUUUUCCUGCAAGAGCCAGAGCACCUCAACAGAUUCAACUAACAGUAAGAAAACUGAAGUUCAAGAACUUAGUGUCUAUGAGAUCAAUGAACGUGAUCGUGGAAGCCCUGCUUAUCUUCGAUUGAGCCAAAAGACUGUUAAUUCACUCGGAGAUCUUGUCCCCUUUAGCAACAAGCUAUAUACUGCAGAUCUAAAGAAGAGAAUUGGAAUAACAGCAGGACUCUGCAUUCUGAUCAAGCACGAAGAAGAGAAGAAAGGAGAUCGCUAUGAAGCUGUUUACAGCUUCUACUUCGGCGAUUACGGUCAUAUCGCCGUUCAGGGAGCGUACUUAACCUAUGAAGAAACUUACCUAGCCGUCACCGGUGGAUCCGGCAUAUUUGCAGGGGUUUCCGGUCAAGUGAAAUUGCAGCAACUCAUUUUCCCUUUCAAGCUAUUUUACACUUUUUACUUGAAGGGGAUCCCCGGUCUGCCAUCUGAAUUGUUGUGUACGGCGGUUCCUCCGUCGCCGACGGUGGAGCCAACACCUGAAGCUAAAGCUUGUGAGGAAGGGGCCGCACUGAAAAAUUACACUAAUUAAGUGGGGGUGUUGAUGUGCAAAUCACAACUUUUGUUGGGGUCGUUCUGAAAUAAUCAAUAACUACGUGCUCUAGAAUUAAAAAAAAAAGUAACAUCAACGUCCUUUUAUUUUGCAAUUUUUGGUAUGUUAUUUGUCGUUUUGUUGGGUAAAAGUUUAACUGUUUUGUUAGUACUUUGUAUGUAUGCCUAUUAUCUGAAUUGUAUCCCUAUGUGAUACGUUCCAUCUUUAUUAUAAAGUCCAGAAAAAGAUAAAAAUGAAAAAAUUAUUUGGUAAUGAAUUCAAGGACGUAUUUGUUCGAUAA